UACUGCGCAUGUACGUGCACUAUGCUCGGCCAUCCAGUGGGGUAAUCGUCUUCCUCUUUGGAGAGAACUUCGCCUGCCUGCCUAUGCAUUGGAUUUGAUUAUACUUGUGUUUCGGUCCUCGGUAUGGACUCUCAAAAAGAGGCCUUACAGAGAAUAAUAACCACGUUGGCCAAUAAAAAUGAGGAGCUCCAGAACUUUAUGGAAACACUUACUCACUCUCUGGCUGGUGUCCAGGUGAACUCCCCACAGGCAGUGUCCGACCUGGAGGAGGAGUUUGACAGGUUAUUCACCAUCCUGGUUGAGAUGAAGGAGAGCAUGAUCAACACCAUCAAACAGGAAGGGGCCAAGAAGACACAGGAACUGCAGGUACCUGACCCCUAACCCCUGACCCCUAAC